UUAAAAAAAAAAAAGGAGAAAAAGAGGUCUCAUGAUCUCAUUUGGCACGUGAUGAACCAUUUAUACGUUAACAACGAUUCAGCUAGAUUCAGUAAGGUUUUGCUUCCUCCUGGUUCACUGGUUCUCAGACGCCCGCAGAGAGACUAACAACACACGGUAAAGAUGUUGAGGGGUUUGCUGUUCACAGUAAUCUGUGGGGCGGUAGUAGCCCUUAACGACCCAAGCCUGGACAUGCACUGGCUCCUGUGGAAGAAAAAUCAUAGCAAAAAAUACACCAGUGAGUUAGAGGAGAUGGGUCGGAGGGAAAUUUGGGAGAAGAACCUACACUUGAUCUCCCUGCAUAACCUGGAGGCGUCUUUGGGAAUGCAUACCUAUGAACUGGGCAUGAACUAUAUGGGAGACAUGACUAGAGAAGAGAUCCUGAACAUGUUUUCUGGGACCCGAAUACCUUCUACCCUGGUGAGAAAGUCAUCUAAUUUUUUUGCCUCUGCUGGAACUGCAGUACCAGAUUCAGUUGACUGGAGAGAUAAGGGCUACGUAACAGAUGUCAAGAACCAGGGUUCAUGUGGUUCAUGCUGGGCAUUUAGUGCCGCUGGGGCACUUGAGGCUCAACUAAUGAAGAAAACGGGUCAGCUGCUUUCCCUCAGUCCCCAGAACUUGGUGGACUGCUCUUCUCAGUAUGGAAAUAAGGGUUGCAAUGGAGGUUACAUGUCUUCUGCCUUUCAGUACGUCAUUGAUAAUGGCAUAGCUUCGGAAAAAACCUACCCUUACAACGGAGUGGAUGGACAGUGCAGGUAUGACCAAUCACAACGUGUUGCCAACUGCUCCAGUUACAGAUUUGUUUCUCAUGAUGAUGAGGAGGCACUUAAGGAAGCUGUGGCCACCAUUGGACCCAUCUCCGUGGCUAUUGAUGCUACUCGCCCUUCAUUCAUCCUGUAUCGCAGUGGUGUCUACAAUGAUCCAUCCUGCUCCCAGGAUGUAAACCAUGGAGUGCUGGCUGUAGGGUAUGGCAGCCAGAAUGGAGAGGACUACUGGAUAGUGAAAAACAGCUGGGGCACUAGAUUUGGAGAUGGAGGCUAUAUCCGCAUGGCCCGCAACAAAGGAAAUAUGUGUGGAAUUGCAAGUUAUCCUUGUUACCCCAUCAUGUAGCACAGAUUAGCAGAAGAAUAUAUUUAGAUACUUUAUCACCUUUAUAUCUGUAUGUUUUUAAAACAGUUAUAUUUGUUUUAAAUAUUAUUGCAUCACUAAAUAAAAUGAUUUUAUACGGGUGCAGAUUUUUUUUUGUACAGAAACUCAAACCUCAUCAUUUUGUACAGAAAUUCAAAUUUCAUGUUCCAUUAAAACAUGAUUCUACCCCA